GGGGCGGCGGCGGCGGCGCGCGGGGGCUUCAACGUCUUCGGCGACGGCCGCGUAUGCCUCGACGGGCAGCUCUACCGCCUCAGCAGCUACAUCAAGAGGUAUGUGCAACUGACCAGCUACUGCGAUUAUAAAGACUACAGGGAAACUAUAUUGAGCAAACCGAUGCUGUUCUUUGUUAAUGUACAGACCAAAAAAGACACCUCAAAAGAAAGAACAUACGCGUUUCUUGUGAACACAAGACACCCCAAGAUAAGAAGACAGAUAGAGCAAGGGAUGGACAUGGUCAUUUCCUCCGUGAUUGGAGAAAGCUACCGGCUUCAGUUUGAUUUUCAAGAAGCAGUAAAAAAUUUUUUCCCUCCAGGAAAUGAGGUGGUUAAUGGAGGAAAUUUGAGCUUUGCGUAUGAAUUCAAAGCUGAUGCAUUAUUUGAUUUCUUCUAUUGGUUUGGGCUCAGCAAUUCUACUGUAAAGGUGGAAGGAAAAGUUCUGAAUUUGUCAAGUACAAGUCCAGAAAAGAAGGAGACAAUUAAAUUAUUUCUGGAAAAAAUGAGUGAACCUUUAAUCCGAAGAAGCAGUUUCUCUGACCGAAAAUUCAGUGUAACUUCCAGAGGUUCGAUAGACGAAGUUUUCAACUGCAAUCUGUCGCCCAGAUCAUCUCUGACGGAGGCUCUUUUGGCAGAAUUGCCAUUUCCAAGUGUUCUGGAAUCUGAAGAGACCCCCAACCAAUUUGUCUGAUUGGACUGAACACUCGGUGGUCACUGCUUCUGCCAGGCUGUCACCAAGACAGAAGGCUGGGGUUGGGGGGGGGAGACAAGAGGUGUCGGGAGGCGGGCACUCCCACCUGCUUGUCGAUCAGGUGCUCCCACGGGAGGCUCCUGUCUUCCAUUCCCCUGGGGGUGCCCUGGCAGGCCUGAGGCAGCUGACUCCAGGAAGGGAGGGCCUUGGCCCGGUGGCCUGGGGUGGCGGACGGGUGUCCUCUCCUUUGAACACUUCUCCAGAGAGGCAGCAGGGGCGGCAGGGUCCUGCCACCCUGAGUGCUUUGCUUAGAACCCCUGCCUCUUGGGAGCUCCCCCUGCAGCCGUUGAGGGGCCAGUCUGACCUGAGUGUUGACUGUGGGUACUGCACCAGUCAGCCGUUCUCUGCUCAGGAGCUCCUCCUCGUCUGAACCCAAACCCAGCAAGUGGGUGGUGAGCCGUGCUCUUUUCUUACAGAUGUGGCUGGACAAAAAGCCUAGGACACCUUUCGCUGGAAGAUAAGGGUGUUUCCCAUCCCUAGGAGAAGGGUCACUAGAAGCCUGGCCAGGUUGAGAGGACAGGAACCUGCUACCCAUUGCCUGAACUUUGAGCUCCCUUGGCCUCUCCCUCAUCAGAGUGGCCUGUGUAGACAGAGGCCAGGUGACCCGGUACCCAGUAGUGACCGGGGAAGGAUAACGUACUUGGCAGUGUCCUCUACUGAAAGUGCAUUAUGUCAUUUGGGUAUUUUAAAUAAGCUUUUAGCAAUCUUAACACUAAAAGCAAAAAAGAAGGGAGCUGUAACAUUACCAUAAUACAUGGUUACAUCAGUGCAUUUUUCAUCUCAUAGCUACAGUGGAGUUCUUCAAAAAGAGAAAAGAAUCUUAUUUACAUAUAAAACCUGCAUGAGUGGAUCGCUACGUAUGCUUAUAAUGAGGAAGAUUUAUGGGCCCUUAGUAUAGUUUUUCUAUUCUUUUUAAACAACUUCCUGUACUAUAUGUUUUGAUAGCACCACUGAUCAUCCCUUCAUUUAUAUUUGAUAUGUUGGGUACUCUAUUUGUGCAAUUAAAACUUUUCUUUGCAUUCAACAUGGGAGCGAUUACAUUUGUGA